AUUUUUUGUAUCUUGUCAAUGAAGGGACGGGUCGGGGCGGGCCGAGCCUCAGGACUCCAGUCAGUUUAGAGCCGCAGCUGCAGCUUGACUGCGCUAAUCCAUAUCAUAUGUAUUGCUCCCGACUUGCGUUAAAACUAUGAACUACGAAGGUUGUGAAAACAUAGUGCCUAUAAAAAGUGAGCGAACCGAUUGCAACGAGGACGAGGAGCAGUAUUAUGUUUAUGCACCUUUAGAGGUAAAAUCCAAUGUGGACACGCAGGGCUUUGCGCCCUCUUCGCCUUCGCAUCUCAUGGACCUUAGCAACGGCUCGGAGCGGCCGCAGCACGGAUGGCCUCCUAACGUCAUCUGCCCCUACGUCGAAGAAGGAGAGUACCAGCAAUCCAUGUUUCCGCCAUUGGAACAACAAUACAUCGACCAGCACCGAAGACAAUACCCAAGAAAUAUGUAUUACGAAGAUUCCAAUUCACAAGACCGAGUUAGAUUUUACACAAACAGUGACGCAAGAUCGAGUGAGGGAUAUCGAACUCCUACAGACGAGAAUGAAGAACAAAAGAAAGCGAGGAAGCGGACGUCAAAAUCAUCACGGAAAAGAGCUCAGUCGUAUGAAGAAAUACAAAUACAAAGAGUGAUGGCGAAUGUAAGGGAGCGGCAAAGGACGCAAAGCUUGAAUGAAGCGUUUGCGAGUUUGCGACAGAUUAUUCCUUCAUUGCCAAGUGACAAGUUGUCUAAAAUACAAACGCUGCAGUUGGCUACGCAAUAUAUAGAGUUUUUAUAUCAAAUCCUAUCAAGUAGCGAGUCAGCGCCGAAUAGCGACGGGGGAAGUGAGACUGGGAGUGAACAUGGGAAAUAUCUGGCGCAGGAUAAACUCAGUUACGCUUUCUCUGUAUGGAGAAUGGAAGGCGAGUGGAACGGACAAACGUGAUUGUGAUAAAAGUGCCAGUUUAGUUGUUUUAAAAGACGCUUAUUAUAAUUCCAUAAUUUUAUAGUUUGUUCAUAUUGUAAAGUGGAAAUUAAUUAGGUAAAAAACUUUAAAAUCUAAUGUGAUAGUUUUGAAUAAGUAAUAAAGUGAUGUAUAUUUUUGGAAACGAUCCGAGUAAUAACUUUAGUGAC